GUUGAAUCAAUGCCAUCUCUGUAAACCACAUUUUGUAAUUCUCCUUCUGGAGAAAAAGCAUAUGGUUCUAGAAUACUCAUCGUCACUGAUGAAAAAAAAGCCUUGCACGCAAAGGCUCCUUCCUUGGCCUUUCUUAGUCGGCCCCCGUAGCACACUGGGCAGUGCUUUCAACCAUUUCCAAACCCGCAUACAAAUUUUCUGUAUUUAGAACUGUUUGAGCAAGUUAAUUAACCAACCAGAAUAAAGAAUGGAUUCUUUACUCCUUUCCCCAGCACCAUUUUCCACGGUUCCUUCUGCCACCAGGAGCUGUCAAGCUUCCCGUACAUCUUUAUGUCCAAUCCUAAAUAAGCCUGUGUUUCAUGGUAAAAAGAGGAGGUUUCUUCCACCUUUAAAAGUUGCAGCUCCACCAAACCCCACAAUAACGUCUCCCCAAGAAGACGAAAUAGAAGAAGCCCGGGGUCAAGAAACCGGAAUUGGACUUGAAACCCAAGAUUCAGAAGAGGAUUCUUCUACAAAAUUCUCCUGGAGAGACCACUGGUACCCUGUCUCUCUUGUGGAGGACCUCGACUCAGGUGUGCCUACUCCAUUUCAACUCCUCAAUCGUGACCUUGUGCUCUGGUUCGAUCAAUCCAAUACCCAGUGGGUUGCUUUUGAUGACAAAUGCCCACAUCGCCUAGCCCCUCUAUCUGAAGGGAGGUUAGAUGAGAAUGGGCACUUGCAGUGCUCCUAUCAUGGAUGGUCCUUUGAUGGUUGCGGGUCAUGUACUAGGAUCCCUCAGGCUGCAUCAGAGGGACCUGAGGCUCGGGCAGUGAAGUCUCCUAAAGCUUGUGCUACUAGGUUCCCUACUUUGGUCUCUCAAGGACUUCUCUUCGUUUGGCCUGAUGAGAAUGGGUGGGAAAGAGCUAGUGCCACUAAGCCCCCCAUGUUGCCGGCUGAUUUUGAAAAACCUGAGUUUGCAACGGUGACAAUUCAGCGAGAUUUGUUCUAUGGCUAUGAUACUCUCAUGGAGAAUGUUUCUGAUCCUUCCCACAUUGAUUUUGCACACCAUAAGGUUACUGGGAGGAGGGACAGAGCCAAACCCUUGCCAUUCAAGAUGAAGUCUUCUGGACCUUGGGGUUUUGCUGGUGCAAAUGAUGAUAAUCCCAUAAUCAGUGCUCAAUUUGUUGCACCCUGUUACUAUGUGAAUAAAAUUGAGAUUGACACCAGGCUUCCAAUUGUGGGUGAUAAAAAAUGGGUAAUAUGGAUUUGUUCCUUCAAUGUACCAAUGGCUCCUGGGAAGACCCGGUCAAUUGUUUGUAGUGCUCGAAACUUUUUCCAGUUCACAGUACCAGGGCCUGCCUGGUGGCAGGUGGUUCCCAGAUGGCAUGAGCAUUGGACAUCAAAUAAGGUGUAUGAUGGAGAUAUGAUUGUACUUCAGGGUCAAGAAAAGAUCUUUCUUUCGAAGUCCAAGGAAGGUUCUGCUGAUAUUAACAGGGAAUACUCAAAAUUCACAUUUACUCCUACACAAGCUGAUCGUUUUGUCUUAGCAUUUCGGAAUUGGUUGAGACGGCAUGGAAACAGCCAACCUGAGUGGUUUGGUGCCACUGACCAGCAACCAUUACCAUCCACUGUCUUAUCCAAACACCAGAUGUUGGACAGAUACGAGCAGCACACCUUGAAAUGUUCAUCUUGUAAGCGAGCCCACGACACAUUCCAAACUUUGCAGAAGGUUUUCGUUGGCCUUGCUGUUAUCUUCUGUUCGACAGCCGGGAUCCCUCCGGACAUGAAACUACGAGUUGUUUUGGGUGGACUUGCGAUUUUAAGUGCCGGAUUGGUGUAUGCGCUGAAUGAGCUGCAGAAGAAUUUUGUUUUUGUUGAUUAUGUACAUGCAAAUAUUGACUAAACUGCUACAGUACACGUUAGGAUGGUAUCAUAGACAGUUGUAUAGGUAAUUAAACUACAGUUUGCAAUUACAGAGCCUUGGAUGGCAAUUAGAUCCUGAACCAAAGACUUUUGGAAGUUGGAACAGAACUACGCAUUAGGAAAUGUAGUGAUUAAUGCAUAUAUUCAAGUUUUUCCUGCUUUAUGACAAUAAAAUAUCAAAGGGUCCCCUCUUUCCUGUUUCU